CAAUUUUCUUCGAUCUCAUCGCCAUCUGCCAACACACCGUCAAAGCCCCCCCCGGUUUCUUUCCUCUCUCCCCUACAUAACGCGCCCAUUUCCUUCUCCAACCUGCAACUACAUUGCUCCAUAGACGAUAUAGUUGUUCGUGUGACUGCUUUGGGGAUAGCCUCGAUGGCUUCAUUCUCGGUGCCGUGCCCUAAGUUGUCUUCAUCGCUUCAAUGUACUUGUAGUGGAUUGGUGCGGAGUGCACAGCAACACCACUUCAACGAGAUCUCCUUUCGUCUCGGUCCGAAUUCGAGGCAUUCUUCGUUGAUAUAUGGGUGUUCAAUACAUCGCCCACCGACGUAUUCCCAGUUUCAGCCACAUGACAGCAAGCAAGCUGCUUGCUGGAGAUUGCAAGCACUGGUAAAUGAGGUUGCUGUUGAAAAACCAUCAAAUUCUACUGUGGUACCUGAGACCAAGUCAGGAGCUGAUUUAUCUGAUGUAAAGGAUGAGACCCCAGAAAAAGUUUCUGUUCAGAACCCAAUUCCAGAUGCAUCAUUGUUUUCAGCAUUCUUGAGCAAAGUAUCAGACCUUGUCAAAUUCGUGGAUUCCAAAGAUAUCAUGGAGUUGCAGCUGAAGCAACUUGAUUGCGAGCUUACUAUAAGAAAGAAGGAAGCUGUGCAGCCGCCGCCACCAGCAGCUCCUGUUUUUGCAAUGCAAUACCCUCUGCCCCAGUCUGUACAUCAAUCUCCACCACCACCAGCCCAAGUCCUCCCUCCUGUCUCUGCAGGUUCCUCUCCUUCAGCUGCAGCACCUGUCUUGGCUAUCCCGGCAAAGACAAACAACUCAUCUCAUCCAACAUUGAAAUGCCCCAUGGCCGGUACAUUUUAUCGGUGUCCUGCACCUGGUGAACCGCAAUUUGUGAAGGUAGGCGAUAAAGUGGCCAAAGGCCAGGUCCUCUGCAUCAUUGAAGCCAUGAAACUGAUGAAUGAAAUUGAGGCUGAUCAGUCAGGAACCAUCUCCGAGGUACUAGUAGAGGAUGGAAAACCAGUUAGCUUGGACACGCCUCUGUUUGUUAUUGCUCCGUGAAACGCUGCGGAGGACUUAAUGUAACGUAGCUGAAGCGGCUGUUCUUCAAAGUUCUUGAGCUUAUUUAUCUCCAAAUUUCUCUUUUAUUUAGUCAAGUUGUAUCGCGUUCGUUUACUCUAGCAAAGCCUCUUGUUUGUUACAAAGUUUUGGGUUUUUUUUUUUUGAAUGGGGUUACCAAAUUUGGUUACUCGACCAUAAUGGAACUAUUUUAAGAAAAAAAAAUUGUCAAAAAAAACAAGUUAAAGUAUGGUUUAUUGCUAUUUUGUAAAAGUAGUUUCCAUGCAUCGUUUUUC